CUUCAACCGAGGGGUCCGCACUUGUAUAGGAAAACGGCAACAUUGCUGCUGGCGUUUCAGACGACCUGACACAUCCGAUAAGUAACGCGAGGCUUGCUGCAGAUUUGUUUCCCCCCCCCACAAUGACAGAUGACAGGGCGGCUGCCGGUAAGAGCGCUUAGUCCAAGCAUCAUCAUUAUCAAAUGCAGUCCAAUCUGAAACCCGGCUGGCCCUCGACUUGCAACUCGGGAAAUAAUCACGGGAACUGGAAUAACAGUAUGGAUGCUCCUCAGUAUCCAGGCUACCCUCCACACUACUGGUAUCCUCAGUCUCAUUCCACAGGGCACUAUGCAAAUACCUAUCCCUCUGGAUCAGAUGUUCAGCCACAGUACAAUCCACAGGUAAUGCCUGGUGGUUAUCCAAACGGCCAUGGAGUCUACAGUCCAGCACAGAGUCAGUAUUCAACAAGUGGUUUCCACCCAUCCAACCCUUUCUACUGUGCUGACCCUCAAAGACCAGCUCCGGGUUCUUAUCCUAACCAAGGCUGCCAUGCAGAGCAAAGCAGUGGGUCUUCUGGACAGCCUCACUCUCAACACCAACAUCAUCACUAUCCUGGGCCACACUGCCAAGGGGGUCCUGGAUAUCCUCCCGGACCGUACCCUCACUACAGUGAGAGUGGCCAUGCAUUGCCUCCAAAUCCCCCAUACCCAACUGGUCAGUCACUUCAUCCCAGCCCGCAGGCUGAUGCAUGGGGACACUCUGGUCCAUAUGUACCCUCACAGCAGCCAUGGCCGCCAGGGCAACAGCCUCCACAAAACCAUUAUGGGAAUCCAGUCCGUCCACCACAUCCUCCAGCGUGGCCAGGAACUGGAACAGGUGCUCCUCCACCGUACCAGCCCAAGGACCAACAGCACCAACGCGCCCCACCGGUGGGACCUAAACCGAAGCCAGCACCAUCCCCGAAUCCCCCCAGUGGUAAUCCUACUGAAAUAAGUUCUCCUCCACAAAUGUAUAAAACUGGGAGAGGUGAUCCUAAUGCUUCGCAAGCUGAGGCCCCGCCUUUGGUUCCAGCGUCAACUCCAAGUCAGGCUGGCCCUCAGCCCCUGAGCGAUAACCCCAGUCUGGCUAAGGUCCAGCAGGUCAUGGCCAGAGUACUGCUGCUUCAGGAAGACGUUGAUGAGUUUGUUGGCAAAAAAACAGACAAGAGUUAUCGUUGUCUGGAGGAACUGCUUACCAAAGAGCUGCUGGUGCUAGACUCUGUGGAGACUCAGGGACAGGAGAAUGUCCGGCAAGCCCGAAAGGAGGCUGUACAGAGAAUCCAGGCCAUUCUGGACCAGCUGGAAAAGAAAGCUUUCUGAGCUGGACUUGUUUUGCUUGUGGGUCCCUUUGUUUUCAUCUUCCUGAUCUUCCAUGGACAUGUUCAGGUUCUUGUCUUCUUUUGCUGACCAGUGUUGUAGGGAUAUUUUUUUUUUUUUUUUUUUUUUCCCCCCAUCACCAUGUUACUAUAGAACACCUGGGAAAGGUGGCAUGGACCAAAGAAAAAGACACAGCAGUUACUGGCACGUGGAAUCAAACUUUGAAGCCUAAUAAUGCUGGUAUAAAAGGUAUGGUGGUAUUAGACGUGAAAGGUCUUGGUUGUCUGCGUCAGCCUCAGUGAGUGACUCUAUCAGCUGCAAAAGCAGGAGCGAGUCACUGGAAGUUGAACUUGUGUAGUGCCACAUUGCAGCUCUCUGUUGUCUCUGACUCAUGACGCAGAUUAUCAUCACGCUGUCCCUCAGGAAUGUGGGUCAGUUUCAGUCUGAUCCAAAGUGUAUCAGCUCUUGCACUUCUUUAGCAGUCUGUCGUUUCAUCUCAUGGUCCCUUUGCAUGAUCAGGAAAUUGUGCUUUCGCCUAAUAGAGUAAAUACAUUUUGUCCAUAGCCAUGUACCUCUCCAUGCCUCCGCCUCUGUAGGUGUAGUGAUUUCUUUUGUCUUUUCUUUUUUUCUCACUCAGUUUAAGCCCUGCAUGCACUGUAAUGUCAGAUAGGCACUUGAUACAAUCAUGAUAUCAGAGCUCAGAACUGGGCCUUGAGUGUAGCAGAUUAGUGAAAAUCCCCCAGAAGAUUGCUGUUCCCAAUUAUUUCAUCUUUUUUGAUGAAGACCUAGAAUCAGACCUACAUAUGUAUGCCAUGUGUUUCACUGAUAAAGACUUGAUUAAGUAUGACUGGACAAGCUGUUCCUUUUCUCCAUCUUUGAACAUUCAAAUAUAUAUAUAAAACUGAAAUCUCUACUUGAACAUUUUCAGUCAUGUUUUACGCUGAAGGACAAGGUUGGAUUAAAUGUUUUUUCUUUCUGUCCUUUUGAUAAUGAGGACAAAAAUCUAUGUUUAUAUCAAACGGAUUUUUGUGUGUGCAUCACUGUCCAUUUUCUUGUGUGUGUAUGUAUGUUUUGUUUUUCCCUCCUCAGACAUUCUUGAUGUGUUUUAGCAAAAAGUGCCAUAUUUAAGAGGAUGGUUUUAUAUAAUUAGGAGAAAAAAAAAUAUAAAAAUAUCACAAGGUUUGCAUGGAAAAGAAAAUCAUUUUCUGUGUGUUCAUUUCCCCUUCUGCUCAAAUGCAGCUCGCUGUGUAGUUUUAGAUCUAAUGCAUGUUUCCAACAUAAGAUGGGGAAUUUUGCCUGAUAAACAGUGAAAAGAUCACAAGUGAAAUGUGGGAG